AUGGCCUCCUUUGACUUCGCCCCAGAUAUUAUCAAUGGCUGGGACAAACUUCCAGCCUUCCCAUCCGACAUCGAAACAAUUGAGUUUGACACUAUUUCACUCAAAGCUCUACAGGCUCGGGAGGGGGCAACAAUACGUAAAAUCAUCGAUUCUUGCAAGACUGUCGGCUUCUUUAGGAUUGAUCUUUCAGACACAAAAGAUGGUAUGCAAAUGUUAGCUGCUGCCAACGAGAUGUUCAAACUUUCUCAAGAGACUUUUAGUCUUCCUGAUGAAAUUCUUCUUGCAGAUGAUGUGUUCGGCAACGGAGAGUCUCUGCUAGGCUACAAGGGGCUGGGAAAGUCUGUUGUGGACAAAACCGGUCGCAGGGACAACAACCAGCAAUACUACAUCGGCUGUGGUGACCUCGAUGGUUUUGGGCGCUCCCAAGCCAAGUACAACAACAUUCUGCACGCUGCUUUUCCGGAAAUGAGAAAUUUCUCUUCCCUCGGCAGGUUCAUCACAAACGAGGUGCUUGACAUCCUCUCUACCGAUUUGAACCUUGAGGCUACAGACCCGCAAUACCUCCCUAAACUCCACAGCCACAGUAAUAACUCUGGUACCCAUGUCCGCCUGUUAAAAUGCCCUGCUUCAGCUGGUGAAAAUGCGAACCUUCAGGCUCACACAGAUUGGGGAUCCCUUACAGUCCUAUUCAACGCCAUAGGCGGGCUUCAGCUAUAUAUCCCAGACAACCUAAUUCCUGGUCAGAACGCGGGCUGGAAAUGGGUGAAGCCUGUGCCAAGGACCUGUCUUGUCAACCUCGGUGACGCUAUGGUGAAGUGGUCUGCUGGCAACUACAAGAGCAAUAUUCAUCGAGUUUCCACUCCGCCUGGCGAGCAGCAUCCAUAUGCUAGAUACAGCCUGGCCUACUUUGUACGACCUGAUAAUGACGUACAACUCCGGCCCCUAGGUAAACACCAAGAACUGUUCCCGACCUACAAGGAAUGGGCACUUCGAAGAGCAAUGGCAGGCAAUGCUGAUACAUUCAAGAACGGUGACUGGGAGAGGGGUCAAGGAACAGAGAGUGCUGUAAGCACAGCUGCUCGGGGAUGA